UAACGCCACGUUUUGGACACCUCUCUCUCCUUCCCCGUUCUCAAUCUCAGUAAACACAGCAUUUCUCUGUAUAUUUUAAUGUCUUGCAGCGGUGCAGCACCGGCCGAAUCCAACGUCCCUCUGUUAAAACAUUCAAGUUCUGUAGAAGAAGAUGAACACAACAAUAAAAUUUCAAGAAAGGUUUGGAUAGAAUCAAAGAAAUUAUGGCAGAUUGCUGGUCCUGCCAUCUGCGGUCGACUCGCAUCGUUUUCAAUGGUAGCCAUAACUCAAGCUUUUGCCGGUCAUCUCGGAGAUCUUGAACUUGCUGCCUUCUCCAUCGUCAAUAAUGUUAUCGUGGGCUUUGAUUUGGGCCUCCUGUUGGGGAUGGCGAGCGCACUGGAAACGAUAUGCGGGCAAGCAUUCGGAGCGAAAAAAUACUACUUGUUAGGAACAUAUUUGCAACGAUCGUGGAUAGUAUUAUUCUUGUGCUGCAUUUUAUUUCUGCCCAUGUAUAUUUUCGCCACUCCGGUGUUAAAGCUUUUAGGACAAUCGAACGAGGUCGCGGAGCUAUCGGGUGUUGUUGCUUUGUAUACGAUACCGCUUCACUUCUGCUUCGCAUUUCAGUUUCCAUUGCAGAGAUUCUUGCAGUGCCAGCUGAAGAAUGCGGUGAUCGUAUGGGUUUCUUUAGCAGCUUUAGCGGCGCAUGUGGUUGUGAGUUGGCUGUUUGUUUACGAACUUCAGCUGGGUGUGAUCGGAACCGCCAUGACUUUGAAUUUUUCGUGGUGGGUUCUUGUUUUCGGGCAAUUUGGUUACGUCGUGUACGGUGGUUGUCCUCUUACGUGGAGUGGUUUCUCCAUGGAAGCUUUUUCUGGUCUUUGGGAUUUCGCCAAACUCUCUGCUUCUUCUGGUGUUAUGCUCUGCGUGGAGAGCUGGUAUUAUAAACUACUAAUAUUAAUGACAGGAAAUUUGAAGAAUGCAGAGAUUGCUGUUGAUGCCAUGUCUAUAUGCAUGAUCAUUAAUACCUGGGAAAUUAUGAUUCCUUUCGGAUUCUUUGCAGCAACCGGGAUUAGGGUUGCAAAUGAACUCGGAGCUGGAAAUGGAAAACAAGCGAAAUUUGCGGCAAUAGUCUCAGUCACAACAUCAGCUAUAAUAGGAAUUUUCUUCUGGCUAUUGAUCUUGUUAUUCGAUGAGAAAUUGGCCUUGAUGUUCACUUCAAGUGAACCUGUUCUUAAAGCAUUCUAUCAGCUUUCAGUUCUUUUGGCAUUCACUGUUUUGCUCAACAGUGUUCAGCCAAUUCUCUCUGGGGUGGCCGUGGGAUCUGGAUGGCAAAAUCUCGUCGCAUAUGUAAACGUAGGUUGCUAUUAUUUGAUUGGGGUUCCACUCGGAAUUCUAUUGGGUUGGUGGUUCCAUCUUGGAGUUGUGGGAAUUUGGGUUGGAAUGAUAUUUGGUGGAACAGCAAUACAAACCUUGAUAUUAGUUAUUAUUACCAUUCGGUGCGACUGGGACAAAGAGGCGGAAAAGGCGAGCAUGCAUGUAACGAAAUGGUCAGGUUAAGCGAGGGUUUUUGUUCAUCUUAAUUGGUUUACCGGGCUGAGUCGGUGGUUCAUACCGGUGUUUUACUUUUGAGAAAUUUUCAAAGAUGUGAUCUUCAGCUUUUGUUUUUACAAUAAUACAAUUGAAAAAAAAUUAUUAGCUUAUAAAGAUAGUACUUAUAGUAAA